AGUAACUUCUCGGUAUACCAUCCAACAAAGUGCUAUACACGUGCUACUCUUGUAUAGAAACGGUUGGGGUAUAUAACAUUGCGCCGGGCUUCAAACCCCAAAACCACAACAUGGCGAUUUCUACUAUGUUGCUGGUUAUCCUUCUUUACCUUGUCAUACCAUCAGAAGGUCUUCAUUACAUUGACUACCCAGAUGAGUGGAAGGAGUGUUUAAAAAGGAUCAGUUCUGAAGUCCCUGUAGAUAAAGAAUGCGGAGCGCAGACGGUCACCGCUUGUCUUGAUGAAUACUUGUUCAGGCACUCAUAUGAGACGUGGCACCAAGAACCAACUCCAGAAUACGAGUCUUUCAAAGAAGAAUUCUGCCAUGUUGAGCCUCCUCCAGAAGGUGAGAAAAUAAGAAUACGAAAGGAAUACCGUUCCAUGUCAGAAGACGAGAAGAAGAGGUUUCACAACGCUUUGAAUAAACUAUGGGAGAACGGUACGUACGAUCGUAUAGUAGAAUUUCACGCCGACUCUGCAGCAAUACCUACAGCCCAUUCAGGACCUGGCUUCACACCCUGGCACCGAAUUUAUCUCAUGAGACUGGAAGAUGAACUUCGCAAAUAUGAACCUGACCUUGCUUUUCCGUAUUGGGAUUGUCGAAUAGAAGCCGAUCUGUACGAGGAGGGUUUAGGACCACACUGGUCAAAGCUUUGGAACAAAAAAUAUGCAGGCUUUGGAGACGAAUUUGUAACAACAGGACCAUUCAAAGACUGGAAUAUAAGACGGCAUUUCGGAGAUGGAGGACUACCGAAUAGAGAACGAAUAGAAAAGCUUUUCAAUGCCUCAUUUGAUGAAGUAACUAAAUUUCAAUACUGGAGCACGCCUUUUGGAGCUCUUGAACGCGCACAUAAUUCAAUACACAUGUGGAUAGGCGGAGAUAUGAUAUUUGUAACAAUUGCGCCGAAAGACCCGAUUUUUUUUCUGCUCCAUUGUUUCAUAGAUUAUAUAUGGGAGCAAAUGCGUGUUCAUUACAAAGGCAAAUAUGGCGUGGAUCCAGAGUUGAACUUUCCGAAUAUCUCCUCUUUUUCAUCUACAGCCAAACAAUAUCACAAUAAGAGUGGUUUCUUGCCAGGAUUUGAGCCGUUGACAUUAUUAGAUGGCUAUUCGAAUCGGUGGACACGGGAUGUCUACAACUAUGAGACCAGCCCGAUGGAUAAGGACUGUUCAGAGUGCAGCAAUAACGACGUCCGUAAACAUUGCAUACACAUAUGUGGGGAAAAUCUUAAGUGUCGGAACGGAAAAUGCACUCCAAAACUGUUAGUUCCUACAUUCUUUGAAGAUUUUGCUACUGGGUUUCAUCCACCAACAUCCAGAGUUCGGCGAGAGGCCAGCUUGGGAGAUGAUUGUCAUGGAGGUGUGUGUGAUAAUGCAGAACCGUCUUUACAAAGCGACUUUAUGUGCAAUGGGAAGGAUGAAACCAAUCUCUUUAAAUGGGUUCCAGUAAAGGUGCUGUACAGACGGCCUCAAAACCAGAAAUACAAUACAUAUCCUGUACAUGACAGUCACAUUAACACCACGAGCGACCUAUUCGACCCUGCCAUGUAUCCACCAUUAGAACAGGAGUUGGACACCCAUGACCCCGGAACAUACGACCAUUGUCGCGUCCAGUCUGUCCAUUCAUAUGCAGUCAUUCGGUCGGACAGUUUGUCUGUGGUUAGUACGCCCCAGAUAGAAAACUGUCCAUUCUCGGGAAAGUACGCCUUCGAUACAGAGUACGCAUACCUAGCAGUAGUAAACCCUCAACAUAGACCAGUCAAUGUUUCCUUUAUUGCCUAUGACCAAUGCGGUCGUUUAUGUACACCUUAUUGUCGACAGGAGAACAAUACAUUCACCCGAUGUACCGGACUUGUCCACAUGGACGAAGCAUACCAAGGGUAUGGUGCUAAUCCUUCUGAAGUGAUAGCCAAACAGCUGUAUGACAAAAACGGUUUGCCGAACCUAAGCGAUGACAAUGUGUUCCUCAUAUUUGAUUGCGAUGCGUCCACUGAGUACUAUUUUAAUAGGUUUAUUUAGCAUUCAUCGCCAGGCCACAAACUGUUGCUUUAUGGGUCUUUUCUUGCAUUCCUUGUAAAGGAAUUAGAGUACAAGAGUAUGUAUACUACAAAACACCCACAGUUAUGCUGUAGAGGAUAAAAAUAAACUCAAUAAAAAGUUACAA